AUGGGAGCAUUUGGAGCAAAGACAUUUAGGAGCAAGAGCCAGCAACUAAAGCACGAGAAGAGUUUUAUUGGGAAAUACCAGUCCCAACUCAAGAAGAGGCCUUUUAUAUUUUUAGGCUUGCCAUUUUUUGGCUUGGUUCUUUAUGGAAAUUACAUUUUGGAAGACUUGCUCAAAGUGAAAUUCGAAAGAGCUGAUAGAAGAGCCCAGGAGUUUUCCGAACAUGAUUUGGAAAAAUUGACCAAACAAAGGAGAAAGGUAGAUAUAAAAGAAGAGUAUUACAAACUACAGGGUUUGGGAGAGCAGGACUGGGAACCUGUAAGGGUUAAACGAUUUAAAGGUGAAUCUGAAAAUGUCUGGUGA